GAAGGUAAAUAGAGUUGUCGCAACAAAAACAUUGCCGAUGGGAGGUGGAGUCGUCAAAGUGACUCAAACUCAAACGAUUAGACAUCACUAGUUAGAUAAAGAAACUGGAAUGAAAAAGAAGAAGAGGAACGAUAACUUUGUUGUAUGUUGAGUCUGUGUCCCCCAGAUUAUGGCACAAGUCCACUGGAGAGUGACCGAGUUUCCUCGGCGACUGGUUUCGCGAUGUCGAGCCCUGGUUUCCUGGCUUGUUCUUCUAAGACAGACCCUGUUCUACAAUGAGUUCACCUCCUACAUGGUCGGGCUGGAAACUGCAGCUGAGCCAAUGUUCUGGACAGUGGACAAAUUUUCCAAAUACUUUGGACCAAUUUUCAUGGUACUGGUGGUGUGCCUGACUACCUCUGUGGUCGUCAUCUUCUACAUCUGCCUCCUGCCCCACGUCUACCAACAGAGUCUCAGUAAGACCGUAUUCCAUCUGAUAUUUGGACACUGGCUACUGGUGAACAUCGUGUUUAAUUAUGUGAUGGCCGUCUUCACAGACCCAGGCCAUCCCCCAAGGGAGGUUCCAGAAACAGUUUCUAUAUGUAAGAAGUGUAUAUCCCCCAAGCCUCCACGGGCCCACCACUGCAGUAUCUGUGACAAGUGUGUGCUAAAAAUGGACCACCAUUGUCCUUGGAUAAACAACUGUGUCGGGUACUACAAUCAUCGUUACUUCUUCCAGUUCUGUGUAUUUAUGUUGUCAGGGACUAUAUAUGUUUGUGUGACAGGAAUUGACUUGUUUAAACAGCAUUUUUAUGGAGACAAGUACUACCCCUUCCCAGCUGUUCUGUAUCCACUCAAUAUGGCUUAUGACAUUAUAUAUGGAGACCAUAAUAAACCAUUCCUUGGAGGUAUAGCAGCUGUACCAGUACUUAACUCCUCCUUAGACCAGAAUCAGAGGAAGCAGCACCAGCCGGGGGCAGAUCUAGAGGUUGACAUGCGGUAUCAGCACUACCACACGGCGGUGGUGUACGAGUUUGUUCUCUGCUCUGCGGUUGUGAUCGCGCUGUUACUGCUGGUGUGCUGGCACGUCAGAAUGAUCAGUUUUGGGGAGACAAAUAUUGAGGUGUACAUCAAUAGGAAGGAAGUCAGCAGGCUGAAAAAGCUAGGACUGGUGUAUACCAACCCUUACCAUUAUGGAUUUAUUAAAAACUGGCAGAUGUUUUUUGGACUUGGAAAAGGAAGGACGUUCUUGAAGCACGUUCUUUUCCCCUCCACUCACACACCGUGUGGUGACGGACUGACGUUCCCUCGAGUUCCAAACAAAGGGCCCAGAGAGGACAAAGACAGGGGCCUGAUGCUGUUAUGACAAAAGUGGUCAGACUAGUAAACUACCCUCAACUUCAUUUUUCGGAUCCUAUGAGACUUAAAGUGUAAAAAAGUUCAUUCAGAUAUAUGUCAACGCCUAAAUGAAACACAGUUCUGUCAAGUUCAAUUUCAAUUU